AUGCAGGAGCUGGUGCGUGACGAGUCGCUAUGGAAGGCGCGUUGGGACCGCAUGGCAUGGGAAAGGGUCGAAGGACUCCCUGAUGCGCUCCUGGACACGCCGCCCCCGCCAAUCACUGACAUUCAACCAAAAAAGCCAAAAGAAGUGCCGCGCGGCGCGAUCGACCUGCUGGCCGACCUGGAUCUGGACGGUGAAGCGGCUUCAGAGCAUCCUUAUAGCGACCGCGUCAAGCGUGCAUACACGGUCCUGCGCCCUUUCUAUACGUCGAUCUUGGACGCGUCGAGCACCACAUCCUCGCUUCUCUUUACGCAUCCCAGCGUCAAUGGACUCGAGGCCCAGUGCGCGCUUAUGGGAAACCUUGGGCGCAUGGCAUCGUCGCUCGUGCAAGGCCUUCCGGCUGCGCUCGAAAGUCUGGCCGCAAAAAAUAAGCUCCGGCAAGUGGUCGGCUACUUGGACAUGGAGCUUCGCUCGGCGUACAUGGCCAAAGAGGCCGAGCGCGCCAAGGGCCUCGAGACCGUAAAGGCGGAAACUGCGAUGAAGGAGUACGCCGCGCUCGCGUGGAAGAUGCGCCACAUGGUCUGGCUCCUGGGCCCGGACGAGGCUGUUGCCAAGCGGCCGCCCCGCGCAGCGGCUAUGCACGCCCUCGGCGGCAGCGGCAUUGCCUUUGCACACGUCAACGAACGCCCCGUAUUUCACCAAGAGAUUCCCCACAACCCAAAAGAGUGCAUCAAAUUUUCGGAGCGCAGCGAGUCCGCUUUUACGCUCGCACCAGUCAAGGCAUUCGAGGCACAUCUCGAGCAAAUUCUCAUCGAAGAGAUUACGCUCCUGCAGCGCAUCUUUCCGCAAGAGCAGGGCGUUGAGCUGGUCUUUUUCGAAAAGAUCGCUACAGAUUUGCUAGCGGACUAUCUCGCUGGCCUUGUGCAGGACGCCGAGGCGCACUCGGCAUACGUAUACCUCGAGGCCUACGCGCGUUCGUACGAGGCACUACUGCCACUGGCAGAUGCCGUGGUCAGCAUCGCGCCUCACGUCCCGUUGAGCGAUGCAAAGAGCGUCGUUGGCGGCGUAUGGGCCGCGCACCUCGGCGAAUACCUCGCUGCCGAGGAGCUGUGGGCGAAGGGAUUGCUUGAAACUCAGUGCGAAAAGUGGCAGCGCAACCUCGACAAUGUCGUCCGCGAGCACCGCGAAUCAAUGGCGCCUAUUGCGCCGCAGUCAGCCGCCGAGAAGCGCUCGUUCCUGUCCAAAUUUAAAGGAGCGCUGCUCACGCCGGCCGUGUCAAUCCCGCGCUCCGUGAGCUCGGGCACGCUUCCACGGGGAUCGAGUGCAGAGCAUUCGCGCCGUGCAUCGCCUGCGCCCGAUCACGAAAAUGAGGGCUACGUGGGCGUAGGCGAAGUGCCCAGCGCGCUGGACGACGAUGCAUGGGACGACGAAGAUUCGCCGGUAAAGCCUGCUGCGACGCCUGCGCCACCCCCGACGCUUUCGCUGCCGCCCAGCGAGAACGUGGCGCGGUCGCGCAGCGUAUCGCCGCAGCCCCUUGCCAUGUCCUCGAUGCUGUCGCUCGAGACGGCGAUUGAGCUGGUAAAUGUCGUCCGCCUCUCUCUCCAGCGUUUCCAGACACUCGGAAAGCUAGAGGACGAUGGGCGUGUCCGAGCGGCGUCGAUUCGCGUUGUAGUCCAGCUCUUUGCGAUGCUAAACGACGGUCAUCUCCGGCCCGGAUUUAGCAAAGCCCGUGAAGAGAUCGGGACGUACGACUUUGUGCAGCACGACAAGGACCGAGCCGGCGUGACGGAUGCGUCGGAGCAUGUCGGCCCGCUCAUUCUCUUUUUUGAGCUGGUGCACAUUGGUGAUACCAUUCAGCAGAUGAUGCAGGUCUUCUUUGACCGCGUCGCAUCGCCCCUCCUGGGCAAGAUUGACUUUACGAACGCAGCCGUACGCGAAAAGAAGCGUAUGGAAAACGACCUGGAUGAGAAUGUGGCACAAGGCAUGAGCGCAGGGGUUGAGCUGCUUGUGCAUCAUGUCGAGCACAUUGUCCUCACGCACCAGGGGCCGCGUGACUUUUACCCAGAGGCGAAUGCUGCCUUGGACGUUGCGGAGCCGACCCGGGCUUGUGUUCACUGCUGCGCCACACUGAAAACCUACUGCGACAUGCUGGCCUCGUGCACGGACAAGGCGCUCCUGGACGUGUUCUACCAAGAGAUUGGAUUCCGUUUGUAUGCCGUACUGUGCAAGCACCUCAAGCGCCAAAUUGUCUCGCUCAACGGCGGAUUCCAAGUCAUUAGUGACUUGAACGCCUACUAUACCUUCAUUACGACCCUACGUCAGCCUGCUCUGACCUCGGUAUUUGGCGCAUUGAAGCGCGUCGGCAGCUUGUACAUUGUCGAUGAGCCAAAAGAGCUCGCCAAGAUGGUGCGCGAUGCGACACUCAGCGGCGGCACCAUGCGUUCCGAGGAGAUGUACGAGUUCCUCCGCUCGCGCAGCGAUUUUAAAUCGAUCGAGAGCAACAUCGAUGGCGAACUGUACGGCAUUAAAAUUAUGGAGGACUGUAGCGUGAUGUAA